UGCCUCACUGGAAACGCGGAUUUAAGGAAGCCCCGCGCGAAACAAGAGCACCCCACACCUUGGAAUGCGAGCAGUAGACUACAGCAUGCACUGCACGGUCUAUGACGUUGACGUCACGGUGACGUCUCCGGGCAUAGGAUUCAACUAUCUUAGAAUGUCAUGCAGACGAGCGUCUCAUGCCGGAUCCUGGUACGCCGACUCAGGCCGAACGUUGACUCGUGAAUUGCAGUUGUGGUUAGAGAAAGCGGAGUUGAAGUUCGACCCCACUCGCACAAGAGCUCUCAUUGCCCCACAUGCCGGUUACAGGUACUCUGGUCCCUGUGCUGCACAUGCCUACAAACAUAUAGAUCCUACGGAAGUCAAACGAAUUUUUAUUCUUGGUCCUUCUCACCAUAUUCAUCUCCCCGGCUGUGCCUUGUCUAAAGCAACAACAUGUGAAACCCCACUUUAUCCUCUCACAGUAGAUCAAGGCGUUGUGUCUGAACUAAGAGCAUCUGGUAUGUUUGAGGAGUUGUCAUUAAAAGCAGAUGAAAACGAGCACAGUAUCGAGAUGCAUCUCCCAUUUAUUGCUAAGGCUAUGGAAAGUAAGAAAGGUGCAUUUGCAAUCAUCCCUAUUGUAGUUGGUGCUCUCAAGCCGGAGGGCGAGCAAAAGUAUGGAAGGCUUUUGUCAAAGUACAUCCUUGAUUCCACUAAUCUGUUUAUCAUCUCGUCUGACUUUUGUCACUGGGGUAAACGAUUUCAAUAUACAUUUUAUGAUAAGUCACACGGAGCUAUCCACCAAUCUAUUGAAGCACUGGAUAGAAAAGGUAUGGAUAUUGUUGAAAGUCUAAAUCCCACCGCUUUCACUGAGUAUCUGCAAGAAUUCUCUAAUACAAUAUGUGGUCGACAUCCUAUGUCGGUACUGCUUCAUGCUGUGUCUUGUGCUCAGGGUAACAAUAGUCUCAGCGUGCAACUGAGGUUUGUCAAAUAUUGUCAGUCAAAUCAAUGCAAGGACAUGAAUGAUAGCUCCGUCAGUUAUGCGUCAGCAGUGUUGACAUUAAAGGCGUAGUUCGUAGUGAAUUGAACAGUAUUGAGUAUUGACAGAAGGCGAAUGUAAUGCCAUGAACUAUACUUACUAUACAGCAAAACUAAGCAAUGAUAGUUGUUGAUAUUAACUAAGUUAGGAAAUGUCUUACAGAACAGUUGAGUUUAGUCUCGUC